AUGGAAACAGGAGGGAGACUUGAUUUAACCGCUUCUGGAAUGUUUUCUCAGAAGUUACUCCCCUCGCUGAUGUGUUCCAUUUAACGCCCGGUAAAGUUCGUGGCUUGUUCAUUCAAACAAGAAUCUGUCUCAGAAGGUACAACCAGGAAACAGACUUAAAUGCCUGGUCGCAUGAAACGCUCUUAGUGAUUAAAUUAGUGCAGGCGGGCCUCUUCUUUUAGUUAGCGAGCUAAGUUAGCCUGCUAAUCAGAAUGACCCAGCAAGGAGCUGCUCUGCAAACCUACAACAACGAGCUUGUCAAGUGCAUAGAGGAACUGUGCACUAAAAGAGAAGAGCUGAACCGGCUGAUCCAGCAGGAGGAAGCGGAGAAAAGUCGUCUCCAGCAUGAUAUCCGUGUGCUCACAGAGAAGCUGAGUCGGGUGAACGAGAGCCUGGCACGCCGCCUCGCUGCCCGCGCUGACUUUGACCGGACCAUCGCCGAGACGGAGGCUGCGUACAUGAAGAUUCUUGAAAGCUCUCAGACACUUUUGAGUGUUUUAAAGAAAGAAACCGGGCAUCUGACCAAAGCCACUGAACCAAGAAGCAGCAAAGACCUUUGAGUAAUGCUGAAUGGUCCUAUUUGUGUAUAGAUAUCUAUCUAUCUGUAUUCUGUUGUUCUCUCACUUCAUCUGUUUCAUCUUCUCCAGACGUCCCUCUCGUAAUCCUAUCAAAUCAGAAUGUAACUUCUCAUUCUUAUUCCGAAUUACUGUAUCUAAUUUUAUAAAUGGCUUUGAUAUAGACUAGCGUUUAAUGUAAUGUUUUUAUUUAAAUGCAAUGUUUUAAUAAAGAGAUAUUGUGA